AUGCCACCGAAGAAAAGGAUCAGAUUUAAAAGUACUAGUAUUGCGGAUAAUGAAUUACUGAAACAGCUGGAACUGAUGUAUGUCUGCGGGUACUGUUCAAAAAUAGUAGAAGGAAAUGGAGAUGCUCAAUUGAUGCACGCAUUGAGCCAUGAAAACGAAAUCACCCAAUGUCGCACGUGCAUCAUGCCUGUAAAACUUGGAGAUGAGACCAGCCAUGUCAAAGAAUUUCACACGAGAGCUCCAAGACCCACUGAGUUUUUCAUCGAUAAGUCGCUCAUAGAGCUUCGAAUUGAUACAGGAAAAGCGUUUUCGAGUUUUUGGGGGUUGUCUUUGUCCUCCACAGAUGUAAUCCUAAGCAACUUCGGAAGGUACUCUUUGAGAUUGUGGAAUCAUUACAAAAAUAGAAGAUAUCUCGGAAUUUUUCGUCUUUACGGUUCGAAGAUACAUUGGAAAUGUCCUUUUUGCCUAGAGAAACCAGCAAUGGGGUUCAAUGAGACGAUCAGUAUGAGAGCAUAUGCUCUUUCACAUUUAGAAGAGUCCCAUUUCGUCGAGAUCACUGAAAACGAUCCGGCCUUCUUUAACUUUGAAUGGUUCUGUUUGAACGAUGAAUGUGAUUUUGACGUGAGAGCGAUGAUGGAGAUAGCACAACAGCGACGGAAAGUCCCUGACAGAAGCUAUUUAUCAUACUACACGGUGAACAUUCCACCACUGGAAAAUGGAGAAAACUUCAUUAAUUUUGUGAAAAGAAGAAAUCAAAUCGAAGGAAGCGAUGACAGAUAUUGUCUCGUCUGUUGCAGUUUUGUACCAAUUAAAUCGAUCAAAUCUCAUUUCAAUUUAGCUCUUCAUGCUACUCUAGAAGCAGUUUCUUCAAGCACGUCGUUCACUUUAUUACGCCCGAAUAAAACAGAAAAUUUGGAAAUGCUGACAGAGAAGGAAAUCAAAAAGGAAAUCGUUGAAGAAACCACCGACAACGAUGAUGAGCACACAUUUCGUUUUCCUGAACAGCUAUUUUUGUAUUCUCAAGAAUAUGUUGUGAGUGAGAAUAUUGUUAUAGGUUUUAACUCUCGUCGGGAUGAAUUCAAAUGGCGAUGUUGCCUCUGUCCACGCGCUCAUGCAACCACAUUUGCAACAUUCAUUAUAUUGAGAAUGUUCGCCUUGCGACACAUCGAAGAACGUCAUAGGAUGCUGUUCACAGAAGAAUUCUUAUCUUAUGAGUGGAAGUCUAUUCAACGAGAAAUGUUAGCUUCAUUCGAUCUCCGAGCAUUCACACCAAUUGAAUACACAUUGCGAGGUGAAGGCACAUUCAACAACAGAGAUCCCAAUGACUAUAUGCUACCUCAGCAAUACUACUUUCUUCCGAAGGAAUGCUCGCGAGACACCGUGAUUUGUGGAUUCUGCUAUCGGUCUUUCAACCGUUUCGAUUUUCUACCCCAUAUUACACUACACGGAUUUAUGGUUGAUAGCAGUAAAACUUGUCUACUUCGUCCAGUUGUCUUUAACGAAAAGGCAUGUCAGCUGAUGGGACAAGAAAAAUACACCGACGAAGAUCAACACGACGAACCCUGCAGAAUUCUUUCAAUCGCUGGAAAAAGAUUGGAAUCAAAAAUAAACCUGAUGAAUUCAAGAAUACAAUUAAACAUUCCAUAUCUUUCUGAUGUGACGACUCCCUGCAAAAGCGAACGAGAAACAGAUAGCGAAUCUCAGACGCCUCGGAGCCGGAAGUCAGCUAUGGAUGCUAAGAGAAUCCUUUCCGAAACGUUCAAAGUUCUUCAAGAGAACGCUCGCAACCGGAAGAAUACAUGGAAUGAGUAUUCUUCCUGUUCUUCUUCUUCCAGUGACGAUGAAGACUCAGAAGAAGAACGAUAUGAGAAAGAAUUAGAUUUGCAAGCAACGACAGUAGCAGAAAGAGCCGCGAGAUCAAAAAGUCUAGAGAAACUGAAAAAAAUAGAUUUGAGCACAAUGAGACCAGCUGAAAUACAAGAAAUGAUACGAAAAGAAGCAGAAAAGAAAGGUGUGAAAUGGAAUAUAAAUGAUUCCAGUGAAUCAUCAUCAUCAUCGGAUGAUUCAGAGUCAGAUGAAGAAGUUCCAGAGGGAAACAAGUUGAGAAACAUGAAGCCUGGAGAAAUUAAAGCAUUAAUCCGCCAAGCUGCGAAAAGGAAACAAAUCAAAUUAUCUAGCGGGUCCAGUAGUAGUGAUAGUGAUUGA